GGCUAGGGCAGGGCUGAAUUGUCCGCAGUGCGCACCACUUCUUCAUGGCCCUGCAGAAUGGCUAGCUGGGCCGAGCUGAUGGGGGCAGUCACUCAGACUUUUAGAACGGUCAUAUAAUAGCGCCAGGCGGUCUGAAGUUUCACUGCUUCAGCUCCUAGCAAUUGGCGCCUUACGCAAUAAGCCUAGGAUUCAUUGUGGCAGGUCAGGACGGCGUUUCGCUUUACGGCCAAGCGGACAGAAUGUUUGUUCUGCCGUUCCUCUUUGCAACAACCUGAUUUGUGUCUUUCAUCCAUUUGAUAAGAGUGUGCUUUUGCUCCAGUUGCGUGCUGCUCAGGCCAUAGGCUGCCUGCGCUGUCCCAACAUUAGAAAUCAGCAAGCUGGAAAGUCGUCUCAAGACGUGGCAGUAAGCAAUCAUUCAAGGAACUGGGAAUGAGCAAUCAAACACUAAUCAGCAUCUGAACGCCAGCAAUCAACAACUAGCAAGUAAGAGUCAAACAGCUACCAGCAUCCGCGUAUUGGCAAUCCUCCAUCAUGACUCCAGCCUUCUCUAAGAAAGAUGAUGAGGACUGGGUGGAUUGCGUCCCCCGCUGGCUGCGAGCAAUGGUCGCGGCAACCGACCGCUCUCCAGAGGAAGUUGCUGAAGACGAAAGCGCGGGGUGGCCGAGGGGCUUUGACAGCAUGAUCUUCGGGGGGGUCAAGGACAUUCAAGCUGAGAAGGGCAGGGUCGUGUGCACUGUGCCAGUCACAAAGCUGAUGCUGAACCGGUAUGGCACGCUGCAUGGCGGCUGCAUCGCUACAAUGGUCGACGUCUUUACAACGGCUGCGCUGUGGACAGUCGGGGGCCCACCUGGAGGCGUCUCUGUCGACCUCAGCAUUGCAUACAUGGCGUCAGCAAGGGCCCAGGAGGACGUCGAGAUUGAGGCCCGCGUUUUGAAAGUUGGGCGAAGCUUGGCCGUUGCGUCCGCCACAGUCCGCCGGAAAAAAGAUGGGUUGCUGCUAGCAGAGGGUCGUCACACCAAGUUUGUUGCGUCAUCGCCAUCAUCAAAGUUGUAGUUGGAUUGGGCUGUGUACGUUUCGAGCUGUGUUUCCGAGAUAAAUGGAAGAUUUUAAGCUGCCAAAUAUCAGACCUCUUAUAUAUCCUGUAUUUGCCAGCGGCUUGCGCAGGAGAUAGCAGCAUUCGCAUGCGGUCAUAUGUGGAGUUGAAUGUUAACUUAGCCAGUCUUUUAUGUAAGAAGGCACAAUGGACGUGGGCGCUUUUGUGUGCAGAACAUGGCCACUGAGGCUUGAAGCACUGUCUUCAAGAACACACUAUAUAUCAGAGCUCAACCGUGCC